CGCGGCGCGAUGUCACGGCGACCACGCGGCCCGCCCGACCGCCUGGUCAAGUCACCUUAGAAUCUCCAGCUUUGGUCCAGUGGUCAAAGUAGGGCUUUGAGAUCUGUCGUAAUCACCUAGUAACUCUAACAUGCUAUAGAUGGGAUGGAGAAUAUCAUCUCGUCGAUUUGCAAUGACACCUUUUGUGAAGCCAUUUAUGAUAAUCCUUUAUCAGAUUCGCUAGUAUCGAAAAAACAAUUAUACCUCCAGGAAUUGGCCCGUGAAAUAAAUGGGAAGCAUUUGAAGAUUGCAACAUUUGACAACCAUCCGUCGAGUUGGGUAGAACGACAUGAUAAUGGCACCAUAAGCGGAGGCGGAGUGGCUUUCAUGAUUGUUGAAGUGCUACGGGAGAGAUUUAACUUCACAUAUGAGGUCGUGGUUCCGGAAAAGAAUUUCGAAAUCGGAGGAAGCAAGCCCGAAGAUUCGAUUAUCGGACUUGUUAAUAGUAGCGCAGUGGACAUGGCCGCAGUUUUUUUACCAGCACUGGUUAAGUAUGGUCACAAGGUCACUUUCUCCCACCAUCUGGAUGAGGCAAAUUGGGCUAUGAUGCUGAAGCGCCCUUCAGAGUCUGCCACUGGAUCCGGCCUUCUGGCGCCCUUUGAUAGCUUUGUUUGGUACUUAAUUCUGGCGGCAGUGAUAUCCUACGUGCCCUGUAUAACGUUGAUAACUCAUCUACGAUCAAAGCUAGUUCGCGACCAAGAGAAACGUAUACCGCUCUCUCCGAGUUUCUGGUUUGUGUACGCUGCCUUUAUCAAGCAGGGAACCUCUUUAGCACCCGAAGCAAAUACAACGCGGAUCCUCUUCGCAACGUGGUGGCUAUUCAUAAUCCUGCUGUCUUCUUUUUACACGGCGAAUUUGACGGCUUUCCUAACUCUCUCCAAAUUUACUUUGGAAAUAAGAAACGCAGAUGACCUGUAUAAGAAAAACUAUCGUUGGAUCGCUAAAGAAGGAGGCUCUGUGCAAUUUAUAAUUAAUGACCCAGAGGAAAAUCAAUAUUACUUAAGCAAGAUGGUAGCAAAUGGCCGAGGAGAAUUCAAACCCGUCUACGCUCAUUACGAGUUUUUGCCUCUCGUAUUAAAAGGGGCAGUAUUGAUCAAAGAACAGACAGCAAUAGAUCACAUCAUGUACGGUGAUUACCUACAGAAAACAAAGCAAGGAAUCGACGAGUCUAACAGAUGUACAUACGUCGUCGCUCCAGAGGUUUUUAUAAAAUUGCCCAGAGCGUUUGCGUUUCCGAAAACCAGCCGUUUGCACGAGUUAUUCAAUCCUAUAUUCACGUACCUUCUUCAAGCGGGGAUAAUAGACUAUCUGCAGACGAAAGACCUGCCAGGCACCAAGAUGUGUCCUCUGGAUCUGCAGUCGAAGGAUCGUAAGCUGCGGAACACUGAUCUGCUGAUGACCUAUAUGAUCAUGGUCGGAGGGUUGGCGGUUGCAGCUAUUGUUUUCAUAGUAGAGUUAUCACUUCGCCGCUGCACCCGCGUACAGCAAACGACCAAAGACGUUCGAAGCAACAAACGAAGAAAGAACAAGAAAAUCCGCUUCAAAAAUUACGACGAAAGUCGGCCGCCACCUUAUGACUCACUGUUUGGCUUGAAUUCUAGAUACAAAACUUCUGAUACUCCUAAUAAGAAAAUUAUAAACGGCAGAGAGUAUUAUGAAGUCGUUACGCCUCAUGGUGAUAAGAGAUUUGUACCUGUUAGGGCACCUUCUGCUUUUCUUUACCAAUAAUAAUUGUGUGGUCCAUUUAGCACUGUUGCGCCAUAUUUGUUUUUAAAAAAAGAACACUGGGUUGCCUCUUCGGACGGCGACGCAAUAAAGCGGCAACAUUGAAAUUGAGUUCUUAAUAUAAUGAGAAAUACCACUCUGCAUUAUUAAAUAAGUGUCGUUUUUAUUAGGGCAAUAUAAAAAAUAUCCAAAUCAGUAACCUAGUAGAUUUACAGAGUUUUUGUCUUGUUUUAGAAUAGGUAAGGUUGGAGGUAGUACGAGUUAGAAAUUAUAAUUAUAUUAGAAGAGUUCGUUUUGAUAGGUUAAAAGUGAAG